ACAUAUAAAAGGGACCUCUCGUGGCAACUCACUCUUCAAUACAGAAAUGACUAUUUGACACUGACAAAACAUACUGUAUGGUGGUCAGACGGGAACUAAGCGACUUACCUCCGAGACACAGACUGUUACAGCGUAAACAAGAUAGAAAUCACAAAACAGAGUAAAAGGACAAAUGAACUAUUUUUCACUAGCCAUUUAUUUGAUCAUUAGUGACAUAGGCCUACCAUUUCGUCUCAUUUGUAAAUAGAUUUUUUAAAUUUUUAAAUUUUGUUAAUUUCCCGUAGUGCUGUAAUCUUGCUCAUCAUGUUGGACCAGCUGGCUUUCACGCAAGAGAACAGAGAGCGGAUACAGGCAGUGGAGAACUCCUUCGGCCCCUCUGGGAUGUCCCUGAUCAGACCUGACCGGGUCUUGAUAGGCGAGGGGUGGCUGAUGAAGCUGUGUCGACGCCGCCCCCAGCCUAAAGUAUUUUUCUUGUUUAAUGACAUUUUGGUCUACGGUAGCAUCAUCCUUCAUGGACGCUGGCACAGGAACCAGCAUGUUAUCUCCCUGGAGGAUAUCCAGCUAGAGGACCUGGAGGACGGGGUCAUCAUGGAGAACCAGUGGCUGAUCCGCACACCACAGAAGUCCUUCUAUGUGGCAGCUGCCUCUGCUGAGGAGAAGCGUGCCUGGAUGGAGCACAUUGAGGACUGCAGGUGUAAGCAGCUGCAGCAUGCCGGCUGCCAGCCCGGGUGCACCUUCGCCACCACCUGGAUCCCUGACCGGGCGUCCGCCAUCUGCAUGCGCUGCUCUAAAACAUUUCGGGUCAACAAACGUCGCCACCACUGUCGUCGCUGCGGCUUUGUCGUCUGCAACGCCUGUUCCAAGAACCGGGCCGUGAUCUGCCACAUCUCUACUAAGCCCGUGAGGGUGUGUCGACUGUGUCACCUCAGUCUCCAGGACCAUGGGGAGCUGACUCAGGAUGAGGUGCAUCUACGGGGGGACAGUGAUGGGAGGAAGUGCUCUGAUGAAUCUGACCUGGUCAUGCCUGAGUACGAGGCGACUAGCGACGAUGAGGCGAAUGAGCGGGUAGAACACCACGCACCAAGCAAUUGGGUUGAGUGUCACAACUCUUGGACCCCAUUUAACUAUUUAAAACCGGACCAUCAAAGUCUCAAUCUCACUGGAUUGUCAAGUCACUUGACUUGACUUGGUUGACAAUUGGACAAUGUGAGAGGACCCUGAAAAGUAUUUACUGAAUGAGUAGGUGGAGAAAAGUGCCAAAUCAAGACGAUACAUGAUCACAUGUAAUCAUAAAUAUUGCACAAAUAUGAACACUAAUCCUACCCAUAUAAUGUAUGCAUUACAUCAAUUUUUUCCUGUUAAUAAUUAUAAUAAUAAUAUUCCUUUGAGUGUU